UCACAGUAGCAGCCUGCUCCCUCUCAUCCUCCUCCUUCUCCUCCUCCUCUUCUUCUUCUUCUUCUUCGUCCGACAAUGCGGGCACCAACUAAGGAUUUAUAAUUUCUUCUUCCGCCCUCGGUCGUGUGUUCCACCUCUGCACGGACUUGUUCCAGUGAUGUCGCCACGGCAACAAAUCUGAGACAUCAGAAUUGAAGAAAGAAACAGGAACAAGCACAACACCCACCCCUGACGACAGCUCCACCAGAAAACCGUCCCACCGUCCGAACCCCCCCUGAACCCAGCCUCCCCUCACCCCUCUGUCUCAGCUGCCAGGGUUCUCCAAGGAUUCCUCGCCGGGUUCUCCGAAGGGUUCUCUGUGGUGUUCUGGAAAGCUCCAUUCGCCUCGGGGCCUCAGACCUUCAUGCGUCUCCCAGCGGCAGAGUCCACCCACACCUCCACCCACCACACCACCACUACCAUGAGCUGUGAUCGGGAGUUUGGAGACGGGGCCAUGGGAGUCACGCUCACACUGCGCCUUCUCAUGCACGGAAAGGAAGUGGGAAGCAUCAUCGGCAAGAAAGGGGAAACAGUGAAGAGAAUACGAGAAGAGAGCAGCGCGAGGAUCAACAUCUCAGAGGGCUCCUGUCCGGAGAGGAUCAUCACCAUCACAGGCCCGACGGACUGCGUGUUCAGAGCCUUCACUAUGAUCACAUUCAAACUGGAGGAGGACCUGGCAGCCUUGGUGGCCAACGGCACAGUGACCAGCAAGCCUCCAGUCACCUUGCGGUUGGUGAUCCCGGCCAGCCAGUGCGGCUCCCUCAUCGGCAAAGGCGGGUCUAAGAUCAAAGAAAUCAGAGAGACGACAGGCGCCCAGGUGCAGGUGGCAGGUGACCUCCUCCCGAACUCCACAGAGAGAGAGGUGACGAUAUCAGGGAGCCAGGAUGCCAUCAUCCAGUGUGUUAAACUCAUCUGCACUGUCAUCUUAGAGUCGCCGCCGAAGGGAGCAACUAUUCCGUACCGACCCAGCCCGACCCCGGGAACCGUGCUGCUGGCAGGAAACCAGGUGUUCGAGGCGUCAGACUUCGGCUCUCACCCCCUCUUCUCAGUGGCACAGGGAGGAGUGGACCUGCAGCAAACAUAUGCAGUACAAAGCCACUACGGCAUUCCACACUCAGAGUUAGCGAAACUCCACCAGUUGUCGAUGCAGCAACAAGGCCUGGCACCCAUCAGCCAAUCAGCUACACAAGUUCUGCCUGGAGGGGUGGAAGCCAACUCCCAAACCACGUCUCAGGAGCUCCUCAUUCCAAACGAUCUGAUUGGCUCAAUCAUCGGUCGCCAAGGCACCAAGAUAAAUGAGAUCCGGCAGGUGUCGGGGGCUCAGAUCAAGAUCGGCAGUCAGAUCGACAGCACCAGCGACCGCCACGUCACCAUCACCGGCACGCCGAUAGCCAUCAACCUGGCGCAGUACCUGAUCACUUCAUGUUUAGAGACCGCCAAAUCCACCGCCCAGUCCUCCUCCAUGCCGUCUCCCGUUGACCUGACCAUGAGCUUCACCCAGCCCGCCCCCCCUGCCUCUGCCUCGUCCUCCUCCUCCUCCCCCCUGGCAGCGAUGGGCGCCACACUGUCCCACGCUCCCAUCCUGGGCGCUCCCUACGCCCUCCCACUCUCCAGCCUCCUGGGAGUGAAAUCCAUCCCCUACCUGGCACUCUCCACCCCUCCCGCCUCAGCAGCAGCGGCGGCGGCGGCGGCAGCGGCCAUCGGGGCUCCCAUGUUGCAGGGCUCAAUGCCCACGGCGGCAACGGCGGGCGUCCCGGUUCAGGCUCAUGCGGCGGCAGCUCUGGCGUCCUACACGGCCAAGAUCUCAUCCUCAGCCAACGGGAUGAAGAAGCCAGAGAGACAGAAGUUUGCUCCGUACUAAUGAAGGAGGAGGAAUCUGCAUCACUGAGGUAGCUCCUGCGCUGGUGUUCAGAUGGACAGGGCAGUUUUUCAUUUCCUGCUUUUACUCUUUACUCUUUUAUUCCUCUGUCUCUCUCUCGUUCUACUGUUUCUUUCUUGGCCUCUCUUUCUCUCUCCUCCAAUUUUCUUUAAAACUGUCAAAGUGGGAUCAGUGGAACAUGUUUGAUUUCAGAUAGGGCCGCAACAUCAUCCAUGGAGGCCAUGCACAGCAGCAACACACUGGGUUUUCCCAUGGUGCAGUGGUUGUGGUAGUGUGGCGUGUUGGAGGUGCCACAGUAAGAGUCUGUUCAGCUCAAUGCGGCUCGUUCUGUUCGUGCUGUUCCUGCCUGCAAAUCGUUUUUUUACUGAAGGAUGGCACCUUUAACUUGGGGAUAAAUACACUGCAUUUCCUGUAACCUCUUCACAAUAAAAGCCUCCCACUAAAGUUUUAAUGUGAAGCCAGGCCACAAAUACCAAAGACAGGCUUCGAAACAGUGUCACCAGUAUUAUAUAGUUCAUUCAGUUUAUUUUUUAACAUCAAAAUGUCCAGCUCACAAAAAUUAUUCAAACCUGAAAAAUAUUUAUCUAUGUUACAGGUUUUGCAGUGAAAGUUAAUAUUGGCCAAUACACAAUAUUUGAUUUUUUAAACUCAAAAUAUCAAUAUUGGUAUCAGCCUUACAAAUCCUGCAUUGGUCGGGGGAAAGUAACUGAACACGGCUCUGACUCGGCUGAAAUAUGAAAGUACGAGCAGAAACUUCAAACUGCAGAGACUCAGGUAGAAGCAGGGCGACCCCGCACUCGUGGAAAAACCCCCCAAAAACAGCUAAAGAGCAGCUAAAUGGACAAAACUGUAAUUCCUCAGUGACUCGGAAACCUACAGAAAGAGAAGUCGUCAUUAUUCCCUCUGUGAAUUCAUAACAAACAGCCACAAUUAAUAACUCCAAACCCGCUGAUAACUGAUCCCGGUUAAAGGGAGGAACUCUCGGUGUGACGCCGCGCCGCAGUGGCUCUCAUCGUGGGUGAUGACAGAGGUUCAGAUGUUCAUGCUGAUCCCCGUCUAAGCUCCACGUGGACAAAAUUAACUAAAGAACAAAUAGAAGAUGGAGAAUAAUAAUGAGCAUUUGUUUUUGUGACAGGACACAAACGUCAGACGUCUCAGUUUCCUGACGUGUGUUCACAGUUCAUAAUUAUCCUGCAGCAGGUGUGAGAUUUUUUUUUGACUUUUCAUUUCUCGGUGGUGAUUUAAAAAAAAUAGAAAAUAAAAAAAAAAAAUUUAAAAAUGUGCACAAGCAGACAAUCCUGUACAGUAGCUUUGUAAGGCUGAUGGAUCACUACACGCAGCGGCCGCGCCGCUUCACGUCUUUACGUGUUCGUUCGGCAUCGGUUUAUGCGUCACAGCUGCACGUUUUCCGUGCGGACGUGAACUUGUCUAUAACAAACCACUCAGGGUCGCUGACUCCUCUCGACUUUCCACUUGUAGAUAAGCGGUCUACAGCACAGCCAUAACUCACAAAGUCGGCCUACGUGUCACGGUGUGCGUCAGCUUCUGCGUCCCCUUUGCAUGGGCGAUGGUUUUUGGGGGAAAUCGUGGGAAGCUGAUUUUCUAACUCGGACUCAGACAAACCCGUGGAUGGCUUCGUGUCUCUGUGUGCAGCCUCAUUCAGGGUGUCAGCUGCGUCUUCUCUAAAGAGGGGAAAUACACUUCCUCCAGGACUGAAAUAUAUGAGAACAAAUAUUUAUAUUAUUUAGUAAAUGAACACUUUGGCCUGAGGUGAGCUUCCUCCCAUGCUGAGUACAACCCCGGGCAAGGUCUGCCAAUCAAAAGGGUUAAAUUCAGAUCGUAGUUGUUAAGAUUAUAUUCAAGGGGAGGGUGAGGGCGAUGAAAUGAUGAGGGAUUUGACCUGAGAGGUGUUUCAUAAAGAAGCAACAGGGAAUGUUUGGUUUGCAUUAGCAGUUAGCGCUGCAGCAUUAACAGCUCUGAUAUGUUUGUACAGCAGUGACCGCUGUAACCACUGAUGCUGACGUCUGUUAGACACUAAGAACAGAAACUGAACUCAUAACAGCCGAGAUUCAGAUACAAGCUACAAAAGAUAAAUACAAAGACAAAUAAUAACAAUAAUUAAUAUCUAUUUGUCAAUCUAUUUGUUAUUUUUUAAACAAUCUGGUGAGAGUGGCGAGGACGCUAUCAGCUUCUAAUGGCAGGAAGCUAGUCAUGAGAGCAGUAGCUGCACGCACGCACACACACACACACACACACACACACACACACACACACACACACACACACAGGUAAUUACACAGUAAGUGCUACUCGUGUCAGAAGAAUGUGAUAAAUCUAACAAGUACCACAAACAGAGUUGUGUUCACAGCGCAGCAGUAAAGAGGAACCUUCGGGGAGAAAACUCUGUGUUUCAGUCUGACAGGUUAAUUUGUAACGCUGGUUCAGUCCGGAGGUGAAACUUCGGCCUGACCAGGACCAGGCUCGUCCCGGAGGGUCCAGUCCCCAGGUAACUUAGGUCAAGCGAGUGGCCACCUGAGAGACGAAACUCAGGGCAACACAGAUCCCAGGAAAUGUACUGUGAUAAUUUAGUACAUUUUAAAAGAUGUGGAUGUGGAUUAAGAGUUAUUAAGACAAUCUUAACCUUCCUAUGAUAUAUGCCGGUUUAACAGUCAACCAGUUGGAGCGCUAAUUAAAGAAAUAUUUCAUAAAUUCAUAUAUUACAUGUAUUUUACGACAGAGUGUUCAGGCUAAAAAAGACAUCUGAAAUUUUGAGAAUAAAAGUCAUAAUAUUACAAGAAUAAAAGUCGUAAUAUUUCAAGAAUUAAAAAUGUAAAAUAUUAAUAUUAAGGAAAUUACAAGCAACCAAUCAAACGGGUGAGAGGACAGUCAGUGGCAGCCUGAGCUGCUUCUGGCAGCUGCUGAUUGUCUGUCUCACAAUAGAAUCGACUCUGAUGAGCUGAUGAGCCAAAAGAUGAAGUUUCUCCUUAUUUGUGAAACGUAAAGUAGAACUUUACAGGAUGCUCCACGUUCCUCAUUUUAUUUUAGUCUCAAAAUUACGACUUGUAAUUUCAGAUUUUUUUUUCCUCAGUGUGGCCCUAAUACUCCUCCUUGUGUUUGAUUAUCUAUUAAUGAUGAUUAAAGGUGAUUUCCCUUCUUUUUAGGAGCCCACUGUUAAACACGCUGUAAAACUGCACACAGAGAUGAAAAAUAAAAACGUGUGUUUGACUCUGAUUACACGGGGAAAAAAAAGUAAAAUUCAGCAGAAUUCACCUUCGGUUUCCCAGCAGCUCUUUGAGUGUGAACAUCCGCCACACCCUCAUUUUCCAAUAAUCCCACUUUUCCAUCCCUCACUCUUCUUCCCGACUGGUUUUCGCAGCUCUGCCCUGAUCAGAGCGCCUGUCCGGACGUCCGCCGGGUGUUUGUUUGUAGCUACUGUCUGAUGAUGAUACUGAUGUUUAAGGUUAUUUGGGCCACAAAGCCUGUAAAAGCCAUAGAGACUAUCCAGCUUCUCCCUCCCCGUCUGUUUCCCGCUCUCUUUUUGUCCCUUAUUCUAUUGUAUACUCUCAUAUUUAUUGACUAAUAUGAAAUAUUCCCUCAGAGUUUAUAUCACUGGUCACUAACACUGAGCUGAACAACUCGGCUUUUGUAUACAAUGAUGUCUACUUGUAUAGGACUCUUUCCCUUUCUGCUUCCUGUCUGUUUUUCUUCUUCUUUAGUGUCAGGAUUUGUUGUAUAAAAGUUUUUUAAAACAUACAACAAAAUUUAAAAAUGUCUCCUUUUUUUUUUUUUGGCGUUAACAGUCUGUAUUUGUUUGCAUUCACAAUUCUCAUUUGAAAUGUGUUGUUUAAAUUAUUUUUUAACUUAUUAAAAAAAAAAAGAUUAUUACAUUUACAGUUUUAGAAGAAAAAAUGUUUCUUUUUUUCCAACAUGGCUGCAGGUAAAUACUGUAAAAAAAAAUGUACUUGAGUUUGUUUUUUUUGUUUGGUUUUUUUUUGUUUUUUUUUUUUAGUUGUGUGAAAAAAGUUAACAUUGUUUUAGGAAAAAAAAAUAAAAAAAAUUCACUGUAACAUUAAUGCUAAUAACCAGAUGUUUUUGUUAGAUAGAAGAGUAGUGUUUUCACUUGUGAGCUGAAACUGGACAUUUUACCACACACACACUUUCAGACUUGGGAACAUGUGUUUGUAAAUGUCUGCCCUGCUUCUCAACUCCUCGGCCACAGAACUACAGUAGAGUAGAACUAGCCGACCACUUCCUGGACACCUGUAGAAGGUGACACAUAGAAUAUGACCACAGGUAAUUCAUAUUACCCGACACAGAUUCGAGAAAAGGCCUGCGGUCGACAGUCCAGCGCUGCCGCCCUGCUGUACUCUGGUGACUGAUGGAGGAUUAUAAAGGAACAGGGUUCAGUCUAUUUGUUGUAGCUCUGUGGCAGAGGCGGUCCUCUGUGUGUGAAAGUAGCAAGCUAUGUUUGUUUUACUUUAUUUUAUUAUUGUUUUUAUUUUUUUCAAACUGAACUGAUGCUCAGCGCGGUUUUUACUGUCCUUGCCAGAGUGUCAGAGACUAAUGCUGCAUGUUUGCUUGGCCUCACUAACACACACACACACACACACACACACACACACACACACACACACACACACACACACACACACACACACAGACAGGCCUCGGUCGUUGCACUGACCCCCUCUUCACUGACAGUGUGAACUAAAAGCAAUACUAAACAGCCGGAUGAGUAGCUACACACUGCAGAGCAACAGUGGCAGGCAAAUAUACGUGUGUGUACAAAGACAUUAAUAUUUAACUCGAUGGGUUGUUGAUGCAUAGAGUUUCUCUGUUCCUUCUGUUUGUUUUUAAAAAUAAUUCUAAUGACGAUGUGGUAUAUUAAACAAGCUCACUUAUUUUUAUAAAGUCAGAUAACCUUGUUGAUGAACUGAACUGUGGACACCGUGUUCAAUCACGCCACUCAUCCGUCCUCUCCACACUCCACACCAUGUUUUCAUUUCACUCUUACUUUAUCUUUCUUCUUUUUUUUUUUUCCACUUUUGGCCAUCGUCCACGUCCAUGUGUCCUCCGACCAUUUGCAUGAGUCUGACUUGAAUUGAUGUCUAUGCAAAAAUCAUCUCUGUGAGGUUCAGCUCAGUGAUCCGUGCGGUGGGUUCACCUGGAGGCUGUGCUGGUGCAUGUGAAGUGCAGCUGAAAUGAAAGGGCUACGGUCGACUACGGGUCUGACUCGCAACGCAUCUGUCCUCAAGAUCAGUUCAUGAUUAGUUCACUAUAAAGUCCCAAAACAAUACGUACAUCUGAUCCUGGUCCAAUCUGGUUCGAGAAAGUGUAACUGCAGAAUGUGACGUGAAGAGAUCCUCUAGAGAGAAGACGUCUCACUCUGUCUCAACCAGUCCUCCGUCCUCCAAGAGACAAGUUCCACUUUGUCCUUUUUUAUCAAAUUACUCACAGAAUUAAUAUUAAUUAAGUGGAAGAUGAUCAGACCGCUAGAGAGGGACGGUCAGCGCUACAUGAAUGUUUUUCUGACUCAUGAAAUAACCUGCUGUGCUAUAACAGGUGGUGAAACCAAAAAAAAAAAAAGUUUUAAUUUAUUCACAGCAAAAUUAACAAGACUCUGGGACUUUGUGACACAGACAGACUUUAGCUCAAGCCCAACCUGCUGUUGAGGAAAACGCAAAUUCAAACUCAAAAAACAAGCGAGAAAAUCUCUCCUCGGGAUGAAUGUGUUGCGAGACUCAGACCCUCGGGGCAGUGGGACGGAGGUUUCAGCAACACUUCACAAGACUCUAUCAAACAUGGAGUGGAAAUUUACUCUAUAAAGAUGCUCUCAUUCCAAGUUGUACUACACACACACACACACACACACACACACACACACACACACACACACACACACAGAUAAACAUAACAGAAAUAUACCCAAACACACAUUCACCGGGAACCAACUGCUGAACGAAAGGAGCACGGUGAUGAAUAUUGUAUUGCACUCGAACAUGAAAAAUCCAUUAUGACGAGAUAUUCUCUACCGAGUAUGAAGUACUACCAUCUUUCUGUUUUAAUUUCUGCUCUUUGUAUAUCAGCCUGAUGUGUUUGUGAUUCUCUGUUUUCUUUCCAUUCAUGCCAUGUUCUAAUAAAUAAAACCCACACUGAAAAAAAAAAAAGAAGUGUUGACUGAUUU